CAGCUUAAGUGCAUGGGUGGGGGUGGGUUCUGAGUCAGUGUGGCACCUCCGGCCUCAGCAUGGCGCGGCCUUGGAAAGCUCAUGGUUUGCCCGAAGUAGGACAGGAUAACAAGGUCCUUCGUGGAGCACAGAAACUGGGCCAAGGCCCAGGCACCAACUCCUCUGCCAGCGUUUGCGUGGAUGGUCUGGGUUAGCCCUGGCCCGAACCAGGAGGGCCUUCAAGGAGGGUUCUGGGAAUCUUGGCCCUUGAGCUCAAGGCUAGGGUCCAGGAGCUCUUGGUGCCAGAAAGGACAGAGCCUGGUGGGUGCAACUGUGGCCACAUCGUGGCCAGGCCCCCAGGACACAGAUGGCAGCCAGGAUACUGUGCUUGGCUCUUCCCAGGCCGCUGCUGGUGUGCGCCUGUCUGCACCUUGCUUCCCCCAGCAAUGCAGAGAGCUCCAGGACCUCUAGCAGCUGUCACGUUCCUGGUCACCUCUGGGCUCAGCAUGCCCAGCAGACUGGCAUGGGUCCACCAACACACAGCUCCACUGCCAUCCAGGAGCUGCAGAAAGCAUCACACAGGCACAGCAGCCAUUCCAGGCACACGUGCCUCUGCUCACCAGCUGUCGCAACAAGGUGCACAGGACCCGAGCACCUGCUUCACCUUAGCUGUUCAACCUGUGUCCUGUGGAGCUGAAAGCUCCCGGAACUGCUCCCAGAGAGGUGGUCCUGGCCCCUGUGAUGGGCACCAGCUUCAAGCCUGGGCCAUCAGGGACAGCAGCAGGAGCAAGGGAAGACCAGGGACGGUGCCCCUAUUGCCUGCCCAGCAUGGCAUGUGCGGAGUCACCUCUCCUCCCUGGGCCUCACCUUGGUGUCUCGUCAGCUUGGCCCUGCACUUCCUUGUGGGGGGCUUUGCCCUGGAACAGUUGAGCCCAACCCCAGGGGCAGGGAUGUGGAGAUGCUGUCCUGAACCUCGUUUGUCAGGGGGCUGACAUGGACGAUCCUGGGGUUCAGGCAUACACAGGGACCAGGCUUCUGGGGUCUAAGGGUGCCUUAGUAACCUGAUCCACGCCACUGCCCUAGGUCUAGAGUCCCACAAUUCCCUUGUCCAGGGAUCUUGAGAUGCCACAAUUGUAAUGAUCCUGAAUUCAGGUUUAGAGAAUCAAGGUCUGAUUCCCAGUAAUUCUCUAUGAGUUAUUUCCAAAAAUGUUGGGGAUUUGCUGCAUCUGUGGUGUAAGGCAGUCAGCCCCUGGACACAGCUCGGCCUGGAGCUGCUGGUCCUGCAGGGUCUUCCUCCAGCCUGGGGCACCCUGCUGCUCCGCCAGUGCCCCUCCGCAUUUCUCCUCUCAGAUGACCUCUGGAUGGCCCAGCACCCCUUGCUUCUAGCUCUGUCCCUAACUCACCAGACUGCCUUGAGUCUUUACUCCCGUUCCAGCGUACAACAGCUUCCUGGUUGCUAAGUCCCAUGCACUGUGCUCCCAGGGCUUCAGUCCUCUACCUUCUGGAAGCCUUUGUCCAUGCACCACUGCUCCAAGGCUUUGGGCCAGAACAGUCACAUAGCCACUCACCAAGACCUGUUAAUGUUUUGGCAUUUGCCUGGACAAGAGAUUCCUUACAGGUCACUCUUUCAAUAAGUCUCCCUCAAUCCGUUCUUUUUGCCCUAGGCCAUAACUUUUUUUUUUCUUUUUCUUUUUUUUUUUUUAGGCAGGGUUUCACUAUGGUUCAGGCUAGCCUUGAGCUCACUUUGUAGCCUAGGCUGUUCAAACUUGUGGCAAUCCUUGUGCCUCAGCCUCCCAAGUGCUGGCAUUACAGGCAUGCACCAUCACACCUAGCUCAUAAUAAAAUGUGCAGGGCUGGGGAUUAUAGCUCAGGGGCACAGCGCCUGCUUAACUGCAAGAUCGUAAGUUUGAUCCCUGGUACAAAAAAAAGUGCAGCUCAUAUCCCCAUGUCACUAGCUCUCUGUUUCUUAGGCUAAGGGGAGGCUAAGACAGGUUCAUAACCCAUCAGGUUUCCUGAUGGAUCAACCAUUUGGAACAAGCUAGGGAAGGAGAUGGAUCCAGGGGGAUCACAGGGCCCUGAGGAGGGCACACUACCUGAAGUCUACAGAAAGGGGAAAUUCCUUUGAAGUUCAGAUUGGAGCCCUGCUGGGAGCAGAGAGGGGAGGGGGAAAGGUAGAGUUAUGGGCAGGGCCACAGGGAGACGGGAGUGCCAGGAAUGGGCGAGGUACCGGGCAUGCAGGGGUUAACCGCAAACCCCGGCUCGGCGAGUGAGAUCAAUGGGUUACUCCCCGUGCAAAGGCGAGUGGAAAGCGCAGGAGGCAGCAGCGACGCAGAGGCAGAGAAGAGCCCAGCAGAAGAGCAUGCCACCCGGGGGAAAUCACGGACUGAGGUGGCUGGAGGCUGCUCUGGAAGGAGUGCCCAAGUGCGCCCCAGCAGACGAGGGGCAGAGAGGAGGGGCGAAGAGGAAGAGGUAGGAGGCAGAUACAACCUGCAGGGUACCACCAAAGGGCAGGCGCUGGGCCAGGAGGCACCCCAACCUGGCUGUUCCACCCAAGACCAAGCAGCUGCUGCUCAGUGCCCAGGACUGAGGUGCCGUCUGAUGGGGAGAUGGCCGAUGCUCAGAACAUUUCACUGGACAGCCCAGGGAGUGUGGGGGCUGUGGCAGUGCCUGUGGUCUUUGCCCUCAUCUUCCUGCUGGGCACAGUGGGCAAUGGGCUGGUGCUGGCGGUGCUGCUUCAGCCUGGCCCAAGUGCCUGGCAGGAGCCAGGCAGCACCACGGACCUGUUCAUCCUCAACCUGGCAGUGGCCGACCUCUGCUUCCUCCUGUGCUGCGUGCCCUUCCAGGCCGCCAUCUACACGCUGGAUGCCUGGCUCUUCGGGGCCCUUGUCUGCAAGGCCGUGCACCUGCUUAUCUACCUCACCAUGUACGCCAGCAGCUUCACGCUGGCUGCCGUCUCAGUGGACAGGUACCUGGCCGUGCGGCACCCACUGCGCUCCCGUGCCCUGCGCACCCCGCGCAACGCGCGCGCUGCCGUGGGCCUGGUGUGGCUGCUGGCGGCGCUCUUCUCGGCGCCCUACCUCAGCUACUACGGCACGGUGCGCUACGGCGCGCUGGAGCUCUGCGUGCCCGCCUGGGAGGACGCGCGCCGCCGCGCCCUCGACGUGGCCACCUUCGCGGCGGGCUACCUGCUGCCCGUGGCCGUGGUGAGCCUGGCCUACGGGCGCACGCUGCACUUCCUGUGGGCCGCCGUGGGCCCCGCGGGCGCGGCGGCCGAGGCGAGGCGACGGGCCACCGGCCGGGCGGGGCGCGCCAUGCUGGCGGUGGCCGCGCUCUACGCCCUCUGCUGGGGCCCGCACCACGCGCUCAUCCUCUGCUUCUGGUACGGCCGCUUCGCCUUCAGCCCCGCCACCUACGCCUGCCGCCUGGCCUCGCACUGCCUCGCCUACGCCAACUCCUGCCUCAACCCGCUCGUCUACGCGCUCGCCUCGCGCCACUUCCGCGCGCGCUUCCGCCGCCUGUGGCCCUGCGGUCGCCGCCGCCGCCACCGCUCGCGCUGCCCGGCCGGUACCCGCCGCGCGCUCCGCCGCGUCCGCCCAGCUUCCUCCAGCUCAGCUGGCCGCCCCGGGGACGCUGGGCCUCGAGGGGCGCUGCCAGCAGGCGGCGCCUGGGGCGCAGAGCCCAGGGGGGAGCUCGCUCCCCGCGGAGGGGCGCCAAGAGCCCUGCCUGCCUCGGGACCUGAAUAAAUUAUGCCCUUCUGGA